CAGAUUUUCUUUGUACAUAGCUAGCUUCAAUAACUCUUAGAUAUGGCUUCCGUCGCGGUUCGAAACCCUAACUCUAGGCGCCUCUUCUCAGCCUCUUCCCCGAUUUACUGCUGUGCUCGGAGUUCCAUCUCCUCCCACUUCUCAGUCGCCGAUUCUCUCUCCGCAAAUGAGUCGACUUUUACUCCCACUAACCCCUGGUGGAGAUCCAUGGCCACCUUCACUCGCACAAAGCCUCAUGUGAAUGUGGGUACAAUUGGGCAUGUUGAUCAUGGAAAGACGACCUUAACUGCAGCAAUUACGAAGGUACUGGCAGAAGAGGGAAAAGCUAAGGCUGUUGCUUUCGAUGAAAUUGACAAGGCCCCUGAAGAGAAAAAGAGAGGAAUUACAAUUGCAACGGCUCAUGUGGAGUAUGAGACAGCUAAGCGCCAUUACGCUCAUGUAGACUGCCCUGGACAUGCAGAUUAUGUUAAAAACAUGAUUACUGGAGCAGCCCAAAUGGAUGGUGGUAUCCUGGUGGUAUCUGCAUCUGAUGGACCCAUGCCACAGACAAAGGAGCACAUUCUGCUUGCACGCCAGGUUGGAGUGCCAUCACUUGUAUGUUUCCUGAACAAAGUCGAUACUGUAACUGAUCCGGAGCUUCUGGAACUUGUGGAAAUGGAGCUGCGUGAGCUUCUUAGCUUCUACAAGUUCCCUGGGGAUGAAAUACCAAUUGUUAGGGGAUCAGCUUUGUCCGCUUUAGAAGGUACCAAUGAUGAAAUAGGCAGACAGGCAAUUAUAAAGCUAAUGGAGGCUGUGGAUCAAUAUAUUCCUGACCCAGUGCGGCAGCUUGACAAGCCCUUCCUAAUGCCAAUUGAAGAUGUUUUCUCAAUUCAGGGGCGUGGAACUGUUGCAACUGGUCGUGUUGAGCAGGGGACCAUUAAAGUUGGUGAGGAAGUUGAGGUUUUGGGGUUAAUGCAGGGUGUACCUUUGAAAACUACAGUUACUGGUGUGGAAAUGUUCAAGAAAAUCUUGGACCAAGGACAAGCUGGUGACAAUGUUGGACUACUUCUCCGAGGCCUAAAGCGAGAUGAUAUACAGCGUGGAAUGGUAAUUGCCAAGCCUGGGUCUUUGAAGACAUAUAAGAAGUUCGAGGCAGAAAUUUAUGUCCUCACAAAGGAGGAAGGUGGGCGACAUACAGCAUUUGCCUCAAACUACAUGCCCCAGUUUUAUAUGAGAACUGCAGAUAUCACUGGAAAAGUUGAAUUGCCUGAAAAUGUAAAGAUGGUCAUGCCUGGGGAUAAUGUUACUGCAACUUUUGAGUUGAUCCAACCGGUGCCUCUUGAAGCGGGUCAAAGAUUUGCCUUGAGGGAGGGAGGUAGAACGGUUGGUGCUGGUGUGGUAUCAAAAGUAGUUAGCUGAGAAGCUGCAAUUCUCUAUCUCUUGUUAUUGCUUAAAGGACCAGAAAUAGAGAGUUUCUUUCAUCCUGCAGUUUGUGCCAUGUUUGUUGAGGAACUAUUAUAGAGAUUGUUGGUAUGAGAAGCUUAUCUUCAGCAUUUGCUUACAUUUUCUUUUCUAACAUUUUUAGUCACAGUUAAAACAGUUUUUUUUUUUUUAAUCAUUUAUUAACUGAGAAUAAUAGUUUCUGUUGAACAGUCGCCAAGUGGAUAUGCCACAUCAUAACCAGUAAU